AUGUCUGAAGCCCAAACGCCUUUUCAGGUCGAGGGCUGGGUAGAGUGGAGCCUGGGUGUCGCCAUAAUACUGCUUCGACUCUAUGCUCGAUGGAAGGCAGUUGGUUUCAAAGGCUGGAAGGGAGAUGACUAUUUCUCUGUACUAGCCCUGAUACUUUGGACUAUGGAUAUCACAGUUGUAACGUUGGUCGGAAAAUACGAGACGAACAUUGGAGUCACGACAGAAAUGGUCGAGCAAAUGAGCCCCGAAGAGAUACAUGACCGAGAGCUAGGUUCGAAAUGGCUAUUCACUGGCUGGAAUACCUAUGUAGCUCUGAUUUGGACUCUCAAGGGCUGCAUGUUGUUCUUCUUCAACCGAAUCACUCUUGGCCUGAGUCAGCAGAAAUUCGUCAAGUGGACGAGUGUAGCUUGCGUGGUGACAUAUCUCAUCAUGUUUGUGAUAAUCUUUACACAAUGCACACCUGUAUCAGACAAUUGGAGGGUCGCUCCCAUCCCUGGUUAUAACUGUUCUGCCAAGCCAGCAAACUAUAUUUCUGUAGCCGUUCUCAACGUGGCCACGGACAUUGUGAUCGUUGGCAUACCCAUUCCUCUUCUCUUUGCGGUCAAGCUCACUGUGGCACGAAAACUCGCUAUUGGAGCUUUGCUCUGUUCAGGAGUGUUUGUCAUGAUUGCGACACUGCUGAGAUGCGUACUAUCGCUCCAAAACGUCGAGCUCAUCAACCUGUGCACAAUUUGGGCCAUUCGAGAAACUUUUGUCGCAAUCAUUGCCGUCAAUGCCGCGCCCAUCAAGCCGCUCUUCUCGAGCGCCAAGUGGCUCAAGUCGACCUCGAAAGGUGGAACCGACAGCCACACUCCGUAUAACAAGCGCAGCAACGUAUACGCCCUCUCGGGCAAGAGCAAAGGCUCGCAGCUCCGCAACGUCCUGCCAUUUCACAACAACCCGGCCGGCACCCAAGUUUUAAGUUCGAGCGAGGAAAACAUUAUGAGAGCAGCAGCUGGCGGCGGCAGCAGUACCACCAAGUCGCAAAUCAGCCAGACAUCGACAGCGCUCGACAGCGUCGACCGGGACAAUAAUGACCGAAAUACGCAGCAGAUUAAUGACGGCGGUAUCGUGGUCACGACGACAUACCAGGUCAGGGACGACGGCAGUAAUAUCGAGGCGCACGAUGGUGAGGGCAAGUGGUGA